AUGCACGCGGUUACCGUCUUCUUGGCGGUUCUCGCGGUCGCUGCGGCAAAUUUGUCGCCAGCCGACUUGUCCAUCCAUUACAAGCAAGGACAUGAGUAUACCUACCUGGUGGAACAACAACUGGCUUCUACUUUGGCCGGAGAACAACAGAAUGCCGUGCAGAGAUUUAGAAGUUUGCUGAAGUGUCAUGCCGCUAGCGAGAAGAAGGCGAUCUGCAAAUUGAGCGAGAUUCAGAUGGCCAAGAUCAAUGACGAUCUGAAGACUGAUGAUCAGCUGGUUCCAUUCGAACAGCUCAGAAAGGUUAACGUCAAGCCUCAACACUUGAAGGUCUUGGAAUUGCCUUUUGAGAUGAAGUAAGCGUCAAUUUUUUGUUUUUAUAAACUCCAAAAUUGAUAUUGAUUUUUAUAUUUGUUUUUUUUUGCUUACUAGUGCAAAUUAAAUAUUAUUGUUGUUAUUAAUACACAAAAUAAUGUAAACUUUAUAGCAUCGACCACGGUCACCUUUCUGAGCUGAUCUUCAGCGAAAAAGACAAACUCUUCUCAGAGAACAUCAAAAGAGGUAUCGUCAACUCUUUCCAACUCAGCUUGAGCCAACAAGAAGAGCCAGCUCAACAUUUCAGAGCCAACGAGACUUCUAUUGACGGACAUUGUGAGACUUUGUACACGAUUCUUCCUGAAGAUUCCUGCAGAUUCAAACCAAAACAAAUGUCUUGUGUCAGAAUCGUAAAGAAUGUCAACUUUGAGAGAUGUCAAGUGUCUUCUGAACUCCGCUACAACUACCACAGACUUCAACAGGAGAGAAACCAGUAUUCUGGCAGUAAGUUUUAAUGUUUUUCAUGUGUAACCUCCGCAAAAUGUAUUAAUAUACGAAUUUUAAUGACAAUUUGAUAUAAACGUUACCUUCAGAAUCUGAUGGAAUCCAAAGAUCUACGGUCAUCGAACUUGAACUGAAGAGAGAGACUUCUGAAGACUUUGUGGUUUUUUUCUCCAGAACGACAGCUGAAUACACUGUUCCAUUGACUUUGACCCAAAACCAAUACCUACAAGCCAGGGUUGUGACUGAACUUCGUCUCCAGAACGUUAGACAAUCUGAGACGAUUCCUGAAGUUGAAUCCAAGAAACAAGCUCAAUCUCUACGCUACAACGAUGAGUUCGACCUUCUCCGUGAGAGAUUCUACGCCAACGGUGACGAGAAGUACCUGGAGGAGCAGAACUACCUUACCAAGUCGAACGUUGCUGAUGCCGUACUCAACUUGUUGAAGGCUUUGAGCCAAACCUUUGUCGCUGAUUCCGCCAAGCACUGGGAGAUGGAUUCUAGAGCUCCUCAAUUAUUCUUCAACCUCGUCAGCCUUCUCCGUCACGCUUCGGCUUCUGAAGUCGAGCAGAUCCACGAAGCUAUCUACACCAAGAAUAUGUUUGACGAUUCUGUCAACAGAUUCGUUAAGUCCGUGAUGGUUGACGCUUUAGCUUCAGCUGGCACCCACACUACCGUAACCCAUCUGUUGACCAAAUUCAGAAGCGAAUUGAGCGAAGAAAAGACGGCUUCAUUGUUGAAGAGGAUCGGAGGAAACGUUCCAGUUGUCAGCCAGGAGAUCGUACGAUCUUUGUGGAAGUUGUGUGACAUGCACACCGAGAAGAAGGAGAUGCACAAGUUGUGUGUCUUGGCCUGGUCUAGAUUGGCCAACAACCUGUGCCAACAAAGAGAAAGAACCGGUGACUUGUGGGUAAUGGAGAAGCGUGGAGAACAGAUGUGCACUGAGGAGUUUAAGAAUGAGUUGAACGAGGUAAGUGUAAUGUAUGAAGGUGUUGAUGUGGAACUGAAAUAAGGACUUACUGCUUUACGUUUUUAGAAGUUAUAUCAUCUUACACAACUUAGAAGCAUAAAAAAAAGAAUAACGUUUUAAUAAUUUCAGAAGCUGAAGUCUCUUUUGACCGCUUCUUCUGAAGCCUCCUCCAGAAUCUUGGCCUUGAAAGCCUACGGUAACAUGGCCUUAGACUUGAGUAUUCAUCAAAUUGAAUCCGUGAUCCGUGACCAAUCUUUGGACAAGCUUCAACGUCAAGUUGCCAUCGACGCCUUCAGACUCUUCGGACGCCGGAUGAACCGUAGAAUCGCCAGAGUUCUGAUGCCAGUUUGUAUGGACAAGAACGAGUACCCAGAGAUCAGAAUGGAAGCCUUGAGAAUCUUGCUGAACGACAAUGUUGAGGACUCUGUUGUUGAUCAAAUCACUUAUGGAAUCAUGAGGGAUGCUAAUAUGAACAUCAAAAGCUUUACUGCCAGCUGUUUGGUCGACUUGGCUCAGCGAUUGGAACAACGAAACGUCAUUUUGUAAGGUUUUAUGUUACAUACAGAACUAUUAACGUUAUGUUGCAAUUGUUUGGUUAAAGUAGGUAAUAGUUUACAUUAAUAACCCUUAACACUUCAACACUAUCAAAAACUUUGUUUUAGGUCCCAAAAGCUGUACUCAUCAGAACAAAUGAUCCGUCAAUCUCUGCCGGCUUCUGAACAACACCGUUUCUCAAACAAGUGGGCUCGUCAAUCUAGCCAGAACAUUGCUGACACCAUCUACAGCUUCUCUUCCAUCCUCUCCAACAACUCUUACAUCCCCAAGAACUUCCAAGUCUCGGCUGAUGCCUGGAUCAACCAACACCUGUUGCCAAUGUUCAUGCAAGCCGGCAUCCGCCAACAGAACGUGGAGAAGCUGAUCGAACAAUUCUUGACCAAACUGGAAUCUGAAAACAGAUUCUUAGUCAGAGGAAGAAGGUCCGCUAUGCAAAACAUGGUCGACUCUCCAGUUCAGACGUUGAAGAACAUGUUCGAGCAGCUGAAGAUCGUCGCCAGAAGAGAUGAGAACGUUCCCCAGAUGUUGAUCUACAAACGUGAACAAGGCAUGGAUGUAGCCUUUGCCUACGCCGACGAAAAAAACCUUCCAGAAGCUCUAGCUGGUCUUCUGACUGAUGCUCAACUUGAUCUGAGUGGCUACGAAACAGACGGAGAGAAGCAGGUGUACUAUAGUGGAGCCGAGAUGACCAUCGAACAGAUCCUCAAGGUACCAACUGUCUUCGGUGUACCACUUGUGUACUCUGUUCAUGCUGCCCACAUCUACAACACCAACGGAAAGACCAAGGUGACAUUGAAAACGACUGGAAAUGCCGUUGAUGAAGCUGAAUUCAUGGCGAAGAUGACUCCAAAGGUGUCUACUCAAGUACUACACAAAUUGGAAGCCGUCUCUCCCUUGAUGACUGUUGGAGUUCAGAACCAACUGUCUUUGGAUGCCCAGAUUCCAUUAGAAAUCAAUGGUAAAUACAACGAAAAGGGGCUUCAGGUAGAGAUGAAGCUUCCCACAGAACAGAAGCAUACCUACAAGCUUCUCCAGGUCUCCUCUCACCCAUCUACACUGACUCGCGAAUGGCCUUCUGAAUCCAAGGUCUACAUCGAAUCAGAAGACCGUACUCUGCACGUCAGAAGGUGCCAGCCUUUGUUCCGCGAACUCCAGAAGCAGACCGUGUCUCCAAUGACUGGCCUCAGAUUUGAGCUUCGUGGGCAUUAUCAUGUUUUGGCUGACCGUGACUGUGUGUUCGUAGGCGAGAACACCGUGCAAUUCCACGCUCACGUUGAGAAGAACAGUGCUGACAGAGUCAAACUGAAUCUGAAGCUUGAGAACGAAGCCUUGAAGCAGUCUGAGACUCCAAAGAUGUUGAUGAAGCUUCUUGAUGGAGCUCACGUUGAGCAGAUCUUCAAGAACGCCAAGAGCAACGAGAAGAGCAUCGUGAGAGAAUUCGCUGAGAAAUUCGAAAGCAAAUCAGCUGUCCGUACUCGCUCUAAGAUGACCUUUGAGGCUUUGGCCAAUAACGAACAGUUCGCCAAGUUCGAGAAGAACAUCAAAGUAACCUGCGAUUCCACUCUCACCGUCUGCUCUCUGGAUUCUGAACUCAGAUUCAGACAACAAGGCCAAGAAGGAUGGAAGGCGCUUCUGGUUGGCCAAAUGGCUCGUCCAGAAUUAAACGGAAUUCACGGAGGAAUCAAGUCCCAACACGUUAUUGCCCACGCUGAAGUUCACUUCAGUAAGUACAGUGAUCAGGACAAGAACACCGUAUCUUUGUGUCUGUACGGUAGACCUCUAGCUUCACAAGCUCAAGAAUUGGAGGGCAAACUGUCUUCAGAAUCUCCUGAUUACGUUAUGAACGAGAUGUUCACCAGAAUCCCGGCUACACACUUCACCGUGCUCAUGGAGAGCCAGCUGAACAGUUGGACCACCAAGCACAUCAGACCUUUCGUCAAGUUUGUCCAAUUCUACAGUAACCCGAUGAGCAUGAUCUACAGUACCCAAUGGAGUGCCGAGAGAGAACUGCCAAGACAUAGCGUGCUGAAGAAUGAUAUUAUCGUAGAUGCUGGAGUGAUCAGAAUCAUCACUGACGACGAGCACGAGACUGAACUUACCGUGAGACAUCAACAACACAAAAGAAACGGCAGAAUUGAAGCCAGACACGACCUGGCUAGAUGUACUUUGGAUAACAAACACAACAUCAGAAGCUUCUCCGGGGAAUCCUACAAGGUAAGCCAACUUUUUUCCAAAAAAUAGUUGAGUCAAGUCUUUCUUUAUCUACUUUGUGUCAGGUGUCUCUCUCUAUAUUCUACAAAAUAUUAUCUUGAUUUUAUUCACAAAAAAAAUACUUUUUAGAUUCCUCUGACUUCAUGCUAUACCGUGCUGUCAGCUGACUGUUCUUCCGAUCAUCCAAAAUACGCCAUUUUGGCCAAAGAAGAUGAAAACCAGAGAUUGAUCGUCCAACUUUUGACUCCUCGUGGAGCUUUCAGUAUCAGAAGAGAAGCCAAGACCUUCAUCGUUAAAUUGAACGGUGACAGAAUCCCUGAAGAACAAUUCCAACGUUAUGGGUAGGUCUUUAACUUUAUAAACUUUCUGUUAUAUUUUUUUAGCUGUGUUAAAAUGUUUAGGUAACAAAAUUUUGCAAAUCUAAGUAUCUUUCUUUGUUCUGGUCCUCAAUGUUAUUAUUUAAGUUUUUUUUAAAUUGUAUUUGUUAAUUAUGCCUUACCACUACGAUUUUAAAUUUUAGAAUCUCUGUUCUUCGCCAAACCGAAACUCAAGUCUACGUUUUCCACUGCCACAAGACUGGCAUGGAAGUUCGUUUCAACGGUGAAUCUGCUUCUGUCCACCUUCCAGAAGACUUUGUCAACCGCCAGUGUGGAGUCUGUGGGCAAUUCUCGAACUCAAACGGAGAAUCUCGUCGUAUGUCAAACAACCAACUGGCCGAUACCUUGAAGGAGUUCCACGCUUCUUACUUGUACCGUGACUCAGAAUGCCAAAACGACAAAUUGGAGAAGACUUUGGAGAGCCGAACUGAAAAGGACUACGAAAGGGAUGAUGACUACGAAUCCGUGGAGUCUUCUGAAUUGCAAAACUUGACCAACAAGAAGUCAAACCAACGUCAGGUCAAGCCCCAGAAGGCACAACGUCUUCGUGAAUUCAGAGAGUACGUCUGCUUCUCAAAGGCUACACUACCCAAGUGUCCACAUGGUUACGCGGCCGAAGGAUUGGCUACAGAAGAGAAGGAGUUUGUAUGUGUGGACCGUCACCAACAUGGUGUUCACAAGCUGAAACAGCAGAUUCUGGAUGGAGAGGUGGUUGAAGACAUCAAGGAUCUGAAGGGUAACAGCAAGCUGUUUGACUUUGAGAUGCCAAAGAGAUGUGUUCGUGUCAACGAUUACUACUGA